AUGAAGUCAUCUAUAAUCUCAACCUAUUUAAUCAUCACAUCAUCACUAGUCAAUGCUAGAAUCGUCCGAAUAUUGAGGCCUUUGGCAUAUCAGCAUGAACUUUAUGACGAGAAUUUUGACAAGGAUGUCCAAGAGUUUUUCACCAAAGAUGACUUGGCAGAAAUUUAUGCAAAAGAGUCGUGCGUUCAAUAUCAAAUGAACUUUGAAGGGCUUAAGGACAAGAAACAAGAGCCAAUUAAGUUGAAAAUUCUUAUUCUUAGUGCCAGUGCUUUAUGCUUGACUGAUCAAGAAAAGUUCUUUAAAAGCUUAGCUGAAAAUUUAUACAAAAUUGCAAAUAGUUUCGACAAUAUCGAGUACAUGGAGUGUCUGCAGCUGGAGUUUAAAAAAAUACAACCAAGUUCAAGAAUAUUAAGGAAUUUCACAUACGAACUUACAGACGAAGACAUCAAAUUUUGUGAAAAAGCUCCAGAAAUCAAGGAAAUUGAGGACGUAAUUGACCGUUUUCAGAUAAAAUAUUGUAGAUUUUAUGAAAUGUCAUGCGGAGCACUUAGCACUAGAAAAGCAUAUGAGCUUGCAGUGAAUCUUAUUGUUUUAAGGACUGUGGAAGAUGAUGAAGAAGUUACUUAUGAGCUGGAGCGUCUAGGACAUGUAUUUAGAGAGAAAGUUAUGAAUAUUCUAGAAUGUAUGAAGAAAAGCCUUGAUAAUUAUUUAAAGCCUAUUUAUAUGAAAUAA